CGAACACGUCUCAAUAUCUUCCAGAAAGGUUCUUUCCAAGGAACACGUCUCCGCUGGUCCGCGCCAAUACUACGCAACCGAUAGGGGUACUGGUACAUGAUACUGGUAUCUUCGAGGCGGGUUCCAGUUUUUAAUGGCGGAUACGGUACGGUGCAUGUAGAGAUGUGGAGUGCAGAGUUCCAGGUCUGGAUCCGUGGCGCGUUCUACUUACUUGCUGGAGCGGAGAAAACAAACGACCAUCACUUUUAUCUAGCACUCCUCACUUUUCAGCACAACAGCAGUUGGCAGGUCACCUCUACUGAAGCAAGAAAAUUCUUUUGGCUUUGAUUCGUCAAGAUGGCAGCCCCUACCCAUCCAUUUGAAGAAGUGGGCGAUGGGGAGCCGCAUCACAUUCGCCGACAGGAGAUUCUGAAGAAGUAUCCCCAAAUCAAGGACAUGGAUGGCCAUGACACACGGACCGCCUGGGUGACACUUGCUGUGGCAGUGUUUCAAAUGUUUGUGGCCUGGACUCAUGCAAAGGCUGCAGAAGAGGGGACGUUUUGGGGUUCCAAGAAGGCAGUUUUCUUCAAUUCCUGGAUCUUCGGUGCCGUAUUCGCUCAUUGGCUUGGCCAAACCAUCCAUGAAACCGCACAUGAUUUGGCCUUCAAGAAUCGAAUUCACAACAAAAUGCUGGCCUUCUUUGCGAACCUCCCCAUGAUUCUCCCCGUCUGCGCCACCUUUCACCGAUAUCAUAUUCCCCAUCAUACCUAUCUUGGAGUUUUGGAUCGCGACACGGAUCUUCCCCACCCGAUUGAGGUUAAAUACAUUGCCGAUUACACGGUUCCAAAGUUUGCUUGGCUGCUUGGCUACUUCUACGUCUACAUUAUGCGUGGUUUGACCUUCAUCAAGCCUCCCAAACAAGAGGAAUAUCUCAACUUGGUUGUCCAAAUUAUCUUCAGUGCUGGAGUUUAUCAUACCAUGGGUGGAGUUGCCAUUUCCUAUCUGAUACUAUCAACAUUCUUUGGGCAUAGCUUGCAUCCAGUGGCGGCCCAUUUUAUUCAUGAACACUGGGUUUUCGAAGAUGGACAAGAAACAAACAGCUACUAUGGGCCUCUCAACUACGUAACUUAUAAUGUAGGCUACCACGUUGAACACCAUGACUUUAUGAACAUUCCUGGUUGGCGCCUUCCAGAGCUUCAUGCGCUUGCAUCGGAGUAUUACAAACCUCUGAAAAGCCACAAUUCAUGGGCCUAUGUACAUUAUCAUUUCAUCACUAGUUCCUUCUGCCACGUUGGAAACAGAAUGGUCAGGACACUGGAAACAUUUCGGAAAUCACGGGUUCGGCUUGCCCCGGGAAGCGGAAAACUCCCCAUUGGUAGGGGUUUGUUGUCCCCAAAGAUCAUGGGGCCCGUACCGACAGAGUCAACAAAAAUGGAUUAAUCCUUUGUUUACGCAUUCAUGGAUAAAUUACUACACGUAGCGGUACUGUAUGAUUGGAAGUCACUCAUGGUCGUGGCGUACCAUCCGUCUUGGUUGAUUUGGCAAGUAAAAAUUAUUAAUUAAACGUUUUUUCC